GAGAGAGAGAGAGAGAGAGAGAGAGAGAGAGAGAGUUGGGAAACAGACAAACACAGAAAGAAGUGUGGGCAAAGGAGUGUAGUUUCAUCUGAGCACUGGUGAGAACUGCUCUGCAGGCUGUGCUGGGUGUGACACCAAGGGAGCAAAUAAACACAAAUCACUUUUUUAAAUCAGUGAUCUCGUGGAGAAACCCUGUACUGAGCAGUGGAUCUUUUUGUGCAGAAGAGACAUGCUGCCAAUCAGCUGGAUCAGUGCACUGUCUGUCCUGCUGUGUAUCUCCUUUGGUAGUGCAGACCUCUACAGACACUACAGACAGGUGUCUGCUGGAAACCAGCCAGGUUUGUGUCGCUAUGGCAAGACACUUGAGUGUUGCUAUGGCUGGAAGAAGAACAGCAAAGGACACUGUGAGGCUCAGUGUGGUCAAGGCUGUAAGCAUGGAGAGUGUGUGGGGCCCAACAAAUGCAAAUGCUUCCCCGGAUACACUGGAAAAGCAUGCAACCAAGAUUUGAACGAGUGCGGACUGAAGCCACGCCCGUGUGAACACCGCUGCAUGAACACGCACGGCAGCUACAAAUGCUACUGCCUUAAUGGAUACGCCCUCACUCCGGAUGGAUCCUGCACCAAUUCCAGGACAUGUGCCCAGGCACACUGCCAGUAUGGGUGUGAGGAGGUCCAGGGGGAGAUCCGUUGCAUCUGCCCCUCAGGGGGGCUUCAGCUAGGGCCGGACGAGCGCACAUGCAUCGAUAUUGAUGAAUGCGCGUCUGGAAAGAAUCUUUGCCCCUACAACAGAAAAUGUGUCAACACCUUUGGUAGCUACUUCUGCAAAUGCCGGGCUGGAUAUGAUCUUAAAUAUGUUAAUGGAAGAUAUGAUUGUGAAGUUGUUGUACUUUCAGACAUUAAUGAAUGCGUGACUGGGAUCCACAAGUGCAGUCACCAUGCCGACUGCCUCAACACGCACGGAUCCUACAAGUGCAAAUGCAGGCCAGGAUUCAGGGGAAGUGGAUUUGAGUGCUCUGUCAAGCCAUUUUAUCAAAGUUCACGGGACGGGGACAAAGGCAACACUGAUGAGAUCCGCAACGUCAUUCCCAACCCCUCUCUGAAGUCUCCUCGAAUUUUGGGAGGCAGUAAGCUGGACAGAGAGCUGAUCAAGAACGCGAUCCUCGAGCCUGCGGUCACACCAUCAACAAGGACGCAACCAUUUGACUAUGAAGGCGAGGUCUACGUCGGGAACCCUGGGGUGGAUGAGAAGCAGGAAGGCUUGCUUGAGGAAGAAGAGGAGGAGGAUGAAGAUGACAGUCAAGGGAACCAGAUUGACAAAGAGGAGCAGAGUCGAAGAGGAGAUGUUUUUGCAGUUCCCAGAGAGUUCCAGUCAGUAUUUGGUCCAGAGACAGAGGUAAAGGAGAUUCCUCUACCUCUUGGCCAAGAUGAGUUUAUCAUGGACUGCAACUUUGACCAAGGAGUUUGUGAAUGGGUGCAGGACAGGGAAGACGACUUUGACUGGAGUGAGGCCUACCAUGAUAACGGCAAAGAGUACUACAUGGCUGUGAGUGGGCCUCUGGGAAAGAGGAAGGACAUGGCCAGGCUCAACCUGGUCCUCAGUGACCGCGCCCAGAAAGGAGGCUUCUGUCUCACCUUCAACUACCGUCUGGUGGGACGGCAAGUGGGCGCGCUGCGGGUCCUGCUGGACAACGCCGGCUACCCCGUGUGGGAGCAGAGCCGCAGCCAAAAUCAGAACUGGCAGACGGAGCUCCUCACUGUGGCCUGGGAACAGGAGCCUCCCAAACUGAUUAUUUUUGAGGCCGAACGAGGUAAAGGAGUUCGGGGAGAAAUCGGGCUGGACAAUGUUGUCCUAACCUCCGGGCCCUGUCAAGAUGACAAAUCCGUCAUCGUUUAAGCAGCUGCAAACUUCAUUGGCAUGCAAAACGCAGGUCUUACUUCUGAUACAUGUGUUCAGCUGCCCAUUGCCUCUAGCUUCACAGAAAGGUAUAGCCAGGGGAAAGGAAAAUGUUUACAGAUACUUCAUUGUUAACUAAGGAAUAAAAUCCACACUGUACUGUAUCUGAGAUAUUGUUAUUUUGGUAAUGCCUAGCAUUCGUCAAAAUGAAAAUAUGCACCAUGUUCUAAGCUAGAUCUGUACUUGUUAAGUGCCAUUCAGUCAUUUUCACAGGAUGCUUAAUUGUAUCUGCAUUUUUAGAAAUUUCCAAGUGUAAUUUCUCAAGUGUCUUAUUUCUGGUUUUGUACAAAUGCACGCACCAAGUAAAGACUUAAUGAUCCACAGUCUGUGUUUUCACCAUGACGAGGAGCCUUAAAUCCAAAGUGCCUUAAACAAAUAAAGGCAUCUAAGGUUCUCAGUUACUCUUUACUAUUGCAGAAGCAUUUUUGUUGCUUUUUGUUGAUGUGUCACCAAUUAUUAUUUUUAUUUUUUUUUGCAGUGUGGUGCGUACACAGUAAAAUAAUUUUGUGUUAAAUCAACUCUUAGUGAGUACAUAUGGUCCCAAAUGGACUCAAAUCUCGUAUAUACUCUGUUAGAGUUUAAUUAAAUAGACAUUUUACUGUGUCAAUGCAUACAUAAGACAUUUUAAAUGUGUACCAUAGUCACUGGUUACAUAGAACACUUGUAAACACAUAUAAACAUAUAAACUUACAUAUAUGUGUAGGUUUCAUCGUGAAGUUUUUCCAUUGACAGUAUUACUCAUUGUCAAUAUUGAUAUAGUAACAUUGUAACUAUGCAUACAUGUUGUAAUUUAUGCUUUCGUACUGUAUUAAAAAAAGGUUUGUUUUUAAUGGGUG